AUGUCGGCGCUGCACAGCCGGCACGCCGAUCAGUCAAAGUCUAGUGCUAGCGGGUCGCUAUCGUACGAAAGCACCUUGAUUGACCCCAUUUCACCUCCCAUCUCCCGCCUAAAACCCAAGUAUACAGGCGAUUCCCCUCAAUACAUCCCCUCCCCCGUCUCCUCACCGGCCAUCGGGACCCUCAAGCGCACCCCCAGUCUCAUCGUCGCGGCGAAAAACCAGGUCUCGACGGGAAAAGACGCAAAAGCGCGGAAAUUGGCGGUACAGCAUGGAUUGCAGGUCGAGCAGGUUCUGCGGAUCAUGAGCAAGGUGGGGGAUGGGGAAGAGGGCAGGCUACACGCCAUGCUCAAGUCAGAGUCGACACGUCUAAAAGCAAUCGCUCCGCAAGCGGCGUAUUCGUCAGCCAUUCCACGCACGACCUCGGCGUCGUCGUCGGCCACGCCCUCCCACAUUCCCACCUCGUCGCCCGCUUCGGACUUUGACGCUACCCCUAGGCAGUCAAAGCCGAAGAAUCAGUCAAAGAUUUACGCCAAUCGGACUUCACGGCCGAAGCGGCGGGACCCGGAUGAAGAGGAUUCUGUGGAGGAGGUCAGCGGGGGGAGUGCUGCGGAGAGCGAUGAGAUGGAUUGGUCGGGAGAUGAGGGGCCCAAGAAGAAGAGAAGAAGGGUCGACGAGGUGGACGCGGAGGGCGCGGCGUUGAUCGCAUUCAAUACGGAAGCUGCAGACGUUCUGACAGGCACAAUUGCUUGCUCUCUUGAUCAAGCGGCGAUCAUCAUCAAGCACCGACCGUACACAAGCGUUGAUGACGUUCGCUACAAGCUUACCAAAGCUCGGGGCGUAUCCAUGAAGCUAUUCGAGCAAUAUACGGAAAUCAUGGAGGGGUACGUCCAGAUCGACGCCUGCCUGAACAAAUGCGAGGGUAUCGCCAAUGACAUCGCCUCGACACUUUCGGUCUGGCGCUCCGCCAGCAUGGGCCAGGACGGGAGCGUCAUCGGAACUCCUCGGGCAGACGGUCUCAACGAUGUCAAGGUGGACGUCAACAAGGUGUCUGAGCUACUCCGGAACGAGACGGACUCGCGAAAGCGGAAGAUCCUGGCACAGUAUAUCAAGGAGCAGCCCGCCAAGCUGAGUAAGGGGACCGUAUUGAAGGAUUACCAGCUCCUCGGCGUCAACUGGUUGAAUCUGCUGUUUGCGAAGAAGAUAGGCUGUAUUCUGGCGGACGAGAUGGGCCUCGGAAAAACCAUCCAAGUCAUUGCGUUCCUCGCCCACCUCCACGCGCAAGGUAACAAGGGACCUCACAUGAUUUUCGUCCCCGCUUCGACGCUCGAAAACUGGAUUCGGGAAUUCGAAAAAUUCGCCCCAACAAUCGACGUCCAGACAUACUAUGGGAGUCAAGCCGAAAGGGCGAUGCUACGCUCGGACCUGAAGCAGCGAUAUAGGGCAAAGACGCUGCGGGUGGUGCUGGCGAGCUAUACUCAGAUGUCGUCCCAUGACGAUCUCAGUUUCUUCAGGAAGAAGAUCAGCUUUGAGACCUGCAUCUACGACGAGGGACAUCGGCUUAAGAACUGCCUUACCAAAGCCUACAUCGACCUACUGUCUAUCAAGCCAAAGUGGCGUCUCCUCCUGACUGGUACUCCGCUCCAGAAUAACUUGCAAGAGCUAGUCUCCAUCCUGAUGUUCAUCCACAAAGACGCCUUCAGCGACGCCGAACCCUACCUCCGUGCCAUCUUCAAAUCCGGCUCCCAGAUCAACCUCCUCUCGCAACAACGUGUAUCGCGCGCUCGGACCAUGCUCACACCCUUCGUCCUGCGGCGGAGAAAAGCUAUGGUGCUCGACCUUCCCGCCAAAAUCGAAACGACGCGGGAAUGUCUCAUGACAACCACUCAGGCGACGCUGUACCGCGAAACGCUGGAACGCUCAAAGAAGGUCUUUGCAGAGGUGGACGUGGACGAUCUGGCGGCUAUGGAUGACGAAGAGGUGGUCAAGAAGGUCGCAAAGGGAAAGAAGGCGGUCGCGAAAAAGUCGAGCUCGUCCAGUCACGUCCUGAUGGACCUACGAAAGGCGGCCUCCCACCCUCUCCUCUUCCGCAAAAAGUACACCGACUCCAUCGUCCGCAAGAUCGCCAAGGAGUGUCUCAAUACCCCGAGGUGGUGCGAUGCCAACCUGGACUAUGUCAUCGAGGACUUGGAGUACGAAAACGUCCAAGCAUUCUCGCUCGACCCCGACGCCUUCCUAGAGGGCGGCAAGGUCAAUGCAAUGCGGGAGAUCAUCGAGAAGGCCAUGAAGGAGGGCAAGCGGAUACUGCUCUUCUCGCAGUUCGUCAUGAUCCUGGAUAUCCUCCAGGUCGCUUUGGACCACCUCGACAUUCGGUAUACGCGGCUGGACGGGUCGACUAAGACGGACGAGCGACAAGCUCUCGUCGAUGAGUUUACGGACGACUCGGAUAUCACGGUCUUCCUCUUGUCCACCAAGGCGGGCGGAGUCGGUAUCAACCUCACGGCAGCCAGCGUGGUGGUCAUUUACGACCAGGACUUUAAUCCCCACAAUGACCGUCAAGCCGCCGAUCGUGCCUAUCGAAUCGGACAAGAACGCGAGGUAGAAGUCAUUAAACUCAUCACCAAAGACUCGAUCGAUGAGGACAUGCUCAAUAUCGGGAUGACCAAGCUGCAGCUGGACGAUGCGGUUGGCGGGGAGGAGCGGACGUUGGAUGGGGAGGGCAAGGACGAUAGCACCGCCAAGGAGAUCAAGAAGAGUCUCUUGACGACGUUGAGGAACAAGUUCGAGGCGGGCGGGGAGGUGCCGGAGGGGAUCAAGGUGGAGGUCGGGAUGGGGACGCCAAUCAAGGGGGAUGGCAAGAAGGAGGUGAAGAAGGCGAGGGCAAGUAUGCCUAUCAAGGAGGAGUAG